AUGACCUCUGGGGAGAAGAAGCCCCCUGGCUCCAAGGACAAGGGGGAGCCGGGCGAGCUAGCGUUAGAGUACCUUGCAGAAUGCGAGAGACGAGGGGCAAAGCCAAAUGUGUUGUUGUUAAAGAGGCUAGACGAUGCUUCGGAUGCCCAUGCAAGGGGAGAAGCCAUUGCAUUAUCAUGCAUAGGCAGUGAAAAAGAAACAUUCCUGCACCGGCUGAGAGACAACGAUUUGCUGGCGUUGCUUCAGUCCCUAAAGAACAAAGGUGCAAGAGUACGGCAUUUAGACCUCUCAUUUCACUGUUUUGGGGACGAAAUAGGCCGGAUAUUCUUGGAUUUUCUCUCCGUAACGCAAUCACUGGAAACCCUCAGACUCAAGUCUAAUCUCAUCAGUGAAAGGGGGGCUUCUAAACUCUGCGAUGUCCUUGCCAAUUGCCCCUCUUUGUCCCUUCUGGACUUAAGCCAAAAUGCACUUGGAAGGGAAGGAGGCAAAGCAGCAGCAGUUCUUAUCGGGAACCUCAAGUCCCUUCGGGCGCUUGACCUCAGCGACUGCCAGCUACACCUUGAGGCAUUUGUCCAUCUAACUACUGCGGUCCAAACAGAUAACCGAAGUCUGGAAAUUUUGAAUCUUGCAAAUCCGGCAAUCACAUUCAACUGCCAGCACUCUUAUCAUGUCGCCGGGGUCAUAAAUCUGGCAACCAACCUGCGCCAACUGGAGCUAGCUAAGCAGUCUUUACGAGACGACGGAGUCGAGAUAUUAGCUCCCUUCUUGCAGCAGAACAAAACCCUUAAGAGUCUGGGACUUGCCUGCAACCAAAUAUCAUGGCGAGGUGCGGCAGCCCUGGGGCGCGUACUCUCUUGCAGCACUCCAUUGGAGUUUCUCGAUCUGUGCUGCAACCGACUGGGAGAUUAUGGUGCCGAAUGCCUUUGUCCAGGACUGGAGAGCAAUGAAACGUUGCGAGUCCUACUGCUGAGAACGAAUGGCAUAUGCGCCAAGGGUCUCGAGAAACUGACAGACGCAUUGACCCUCAACUGCACCCUGGAGGCUCUAUCGGUGGCCGGAAACUCUUGGGGCUCCUCUGGAGUGCGGCCCUUGCUCGAAUCAGGCAGUCACUUCCUGCGAGUGGAGCCGCUGGUCCUAGACUGGGUUCUCUGCUCAAUCCAUGGGGAGCUGCAGGCUGUGCCCAACACUGACUGCCCCCUUCUCAAGCGAAAAGCCGCUGCUUUGCCGGCCGAGCUAGAACCUGUCAACUAA